AUGUUUACCGAGGAAGACGAAUAUUAUCUGAGAGCAUACAUGCUGCUCCUGAAAGGAGGGGGAUUGAUGUUAAAAGAAACUUUCUACAAAGAACUACGAAAGGCCGGAGGAAAUCUUGAUUUACUUCUAAAACAACACGAAAGAAAAUUAAAGCACCUAUUUGUAAAAAAGCAGCAAGAAAAAUUGUUUCCAGAUACUGGAGUAACCGACGUAGGAACAUGGGAUUUAGCCACGUUAAUAACGGUAUUACUGACGGUAUUUAAACAGUCACUAACCGACGGUGUGAAAAAUAACUUAAAAUCUAUUAGGUAUGUGAGGAAUAUGUUUUACGCCCAUAUCUCUGUGUCGCUAAGUGCCGAUCAAUACGAAAAAAUCCGGAAGGAAUUACAAAAUGCACUCACUUCACUGUCGACUGGAUUAAGUGAAAAGCUGAAAGACGAGUGUUUUAAGGUUAUUCAGGAAUGCACAACUGGCCCUAUCACCCCAUCAUGUAUAGCAGAACUUACGAAACAGACAAAAGUUUUCAAGGUUGAUGGAUUUAGAGAAUUUUUCUUUCAGUGUUUGAGUUUUAGGCCAUUGUUGAAUAUAGCCCUAGGGGAAAGCAAAGACAUAUAUAUUGGUGACAUAAUACACACAGCGUGUCGUAAUGCAAUAAAGGAAGUCGAAAACAAAAAUGACUAUCCGGAAAUUCGCAGUGCUAUUCAACAGAUGCUUAAAACCAUGCCCAUGCCUGUUGUGAGAUGUGAAAAAUCAACAGACGUUUCUGACGACAAUGCUAGAUCUCCUCAAAGACGUCCAAGCAAAUCAACUGAUGAAGCUCAAGCAGUACCAGAUGAGCUAGAAGAUGAUCCAUUCACUAGACAACUUUACGAAAACGCCUUAAAAGAAGGAACAGAAGUAGACAACACCAUCAGAGUCAUGGUCGUUGGUUGUUAUGGUCAGGGAAAGACGUCAUUAGUGCGUAAUUUAUUGAAACUGCCAAUCGGAAGAGUUGAAUCAACUGAUGGAAUAGAAGUUCAAAAAUGUGUCGCAAUAAGCGAUACUGAAUGGAAGCCACCAGAUGAGGUAGAUUCCGAGGGUGAAGAGAUUCGGCGUUUAGUUAAUAUUGCAAAAGGUACGCGCACACAUGAGUCAGUUCUUGAGGAUCAGUCUCAACCUCUGCAUUUGAAAUUAGAAGAUAGCGGGAUAAGCGGACCGGGCGAAGAUUAUGACUAUCCGUCAACCGAAAACGAGGUUGAAUAUAUUGAUGAGCAACAUAUGUUGCAUAAAAAGAUGAAGUUUUCCAACACUGAUUUAGAUCAUGGUCAGUUUAAAUCAGAAAAAUAUCAUCAGCCACAAGCAAGCUCUUCCGACAGAAGUGUAAGUUUUCAGGCAAACAAGUCAAACAUUCGUUUUCAAAAUUUGAGUAAAUUUAAAUCGGAAUUGAUGAGAUAUGAGACAGACAGUAACAAACCUGAUGUAAGUACAACAAUACGUAUAUGGGAUUUUGGUAGACAGUUUGUUUAUUAUGCAACCCAUCAGAUUUUUCACUCUCGACAAGCUGUUUACAUUUUAGUAUUCAGCCUCGAAAAGGAUUUGGAUACCAUUAUCAACGAUGAUGAAUUCCCUCUGCACAAGAAAACUCUUAGAGACUACAUGAAAUUCUGGGUGGGUUCAAUAGAUUCGUUUGUAGGGAGCGUGGAUGGUCAUGACCCACCAAUUAUUUUGGUUGGAACACACAUGGACAAAUUAAAGGCAGGAGCAAAUAUUGAGCAUUGUUUUGAAGACAUCAGACAGACUUUCGAGGAUAGGAUAUGCCUUAACCAUAUUCAGCCUGAAGAUUUCGCAGUAUCCAACAUGACUUUGACUGAUGAUGGUAUUGAGCAGCUACGUAGGUCAAUACUGGACAUCAAGAAGAAUCAAAAGAAGCGACACUUACCUGCAAAAUGGAUACCUUUAGAAAAAGAUUUGCAAUCCCAAAAAAAGAGCAUCGUUAGCUUUGACGAAGUUAUAGAAAUAGAUAGCAGAAAUGAAUUUCCAAUUUGUUCAAAAGAACAUGACGACACAUUUGACCAGAUCAAGCUUUUCCUUUCCUACCAACAUGCCACAGGCUCUAUUUGCUAUUUUGACGAGGGGGAUUUAGCUCGUUAUGUAGUUUUAAAACCUCAGUUUCUAAUCGACGCGUUCCGCUGCAUCAUUACAUCUAAACAAUUUUGUAAAGUUCGUCCAAAAAUGCGAAAACUCUGGAAUAAGCUAUAUGACACAGCAAUACUGGAACCGGAGUUGCUUGAAGAAGUUUGGGCGCAGAGUGGCAAUGAGGAGUUUAUCAAAUACAAAGAAAUACUGGUCGAGUUCUUGAAAAAGCAUCGCAUCAUUUCCGACAUGGUAAGCUAUAAUGAGUCUACGAAUUCGUACCAACCACUUCGUAGUUAUAUCGUUCCGAGCUUCCUCAAGGUACAAGCUGACGAUAGUAUGCUGAGAGCAUUUUGCAAGGAUAAAACAUCAUCUAAGGUCGCUCUAGGCUUCAAUGUAGUGAAUGAAAGUAUUCUACCAAUACUUUACCAACAAUGUUUGGCAGCUGUAGUGAGCAGAUGGCCACUUAUCAAAUUCGAUGGCUGUUUUAUCAUCUAUAAUGAUGUUGUUGCGUGCGAAUUGAAUUUUGAUCAUGCCGGACUGUUGAUGAUGAACGAAAAUAGACUUGAAAUUCUAGUCGUCUCUCUUUGUCCUUCUGACGAUGUCAGUGCCAAUAUCUGCGACAUGUUUCGAAGAUAUAUAGAACUUGUCAUCAACACAGAAAUGAAUAAAUAUCAAAGACAGAAAACAAAUGAAUCACGCUUUGCGACGAAUCUUGUUGUUCGAUGUUUUCACAUUGAACACGGUUUCAAGGGAAGCAAGGAGACCUGUGAUUUUAAAAGUCUGAUCUCAAGAGACAAAUGUCCUUGUCCUGACAGGAAAAGUCAUUGUUUCAAGGCAAGGGACAUUCGGGAUGAAUGGUACUUGAGUGAAACAAAACCCGAGAGGGCACCAAAGAAAAGGUUGACGAGGAAAGGGUACAGCACACUCUCAAUGGCGAUCGGGCAAGGUUGGAAACAGAUUGGUUUACAGUUAGGUCUUCACGAAAUAGAAUUACAACAUAUUGAGAUGAAUAACCAAACUGUUGAUAUGCAGAUUUACCAAAUGCUUCUAAAAUGGGAUAUGAAGGAAGAUGAUAAAGCAACUCUUGAUGUCUUGGUCACUGCAAUUUCAAACUGCUCUCGUGAAUGUGUUAACGUUGACUGGGAUGUGUUGAGAAACCUAAUUAAUGGAUUUUAGUUGUACUUCCAGUUCUUGAUACCAGCAGCAUUGCAUCGAUUAUCCUGUUAUAUUGGGAUCGACUUGGUUCGUAAUUGAUCUCAGAGUCUGACCUUUUGACGAUUUCAUUUGGAACAGAUAAUCAGUUAUUCGGAAUAACUCUGUCAUGUCACUUGAUACAAAAUGCCUUAUGUCCUGCAUGAGGCGAUACUAUAUCAAUAUAACUCGAUAUCGCAGAAGGUAAAACAGAAUAUUUCGAAUCGUCGAGAGCUAUCUUCUUUGCAGUUAGUUUUUGGUAAAAGCUUGAGCGGGAGAUAUGUUCGAUUCGCCAUUCUUCAAAUUGUACAGUUCGUUUUCGUAAACAUCAUGAUUAUAAAUAUUAAAGGGAAUUCCUAUAGUUUUUAUGUGCAUCUUAUUGCGCAGCCGACACUUUCUAUGGAAAACUGAGCUGAAGUCAAAAUCUCUUGAAACAUGUUACAGACAAUCUUAAAUAUGAGGAAUCUUGAAUGAAAUAAUAUUUUUCAUAAGUUUUAUCAGUAAUCAAAUGUUGAUACUGGUUUAUGUUGUAUUGACAACAAUGACAAGUAUCAUGCCUGACAGGUAUCUGGCUAUUUUUGUGGUUGUGUUUUCACAUCGCAUUUUAGUACAAAGACAGUGUUGUUCAUAUAAUGUAAGAUAAUUGACUUAGUACUGAUUAGACAAUAUCACCUUUCAGAUUAUUUAGUAUUCAAUUAUAGAAAGAAUUAAGAAUUUUUUAAAACUUUUUUUAACUUCUAGCAGACAUACAUGUAAUCAAUUUGUCCAGGUUCGCGGCAUUUUCCGUCCGAAUAUGUAUUGUAUUCUAGCGGUCUUAACAUAAAAUUUAGCCAGGUGACCUAUAAGUUUUUAGCCAUUUUUAUGCUCACAAUGCAAUUAUCUAUACACAAGAAAAACAGGAAAAAAUUCUAUGAAAGAGUUUUUUCAAAAUUUAAAAAAAAAUAUUCUUCACUAUGGGUAUUUUUCAUUGAAAAAAAGUUCACUUUUUCAUUUGUACCCAUUAUUGUUAUAAUAGUAUUACAAAUAUGACUAAUAUGAUAUCAAAUAAGUAUAUAAUAAAAUCUGUAAAAAGAAAAAAAACCGUAUUGUGCUGUCUUGGUGCAUAUUUUUGUUGGUAUUUAUAAAAAAAAAGCAGAAAAUUAUGAAAAUGUUGAAAAAUCGCUGGCAGUUUCUGCAACAGUGGGUGUGUUCAAAACAAUUUUUCACAAAAACAAGCCUGGUGACCUAUUGUUUUUAUUUGUUCAUUGUUUUCAGCACAAACUUUCCUAUCAUAUAUGUAAACUAAAAAAAAAAAUUCUAUGAAAGGAAAAAAACUAUAGGAAUUCUCAUUAAAGAUUGCGUUUUGUAACCUUAACUCAGGAUUCCAUUUUUCAAUGUGUCUUGUAUAAGAAAAACGUGAGCUCAAGCUAAAACAAAACAUAAUCAAAAAGUAGAAAGGACAUUUUGCAAGUAGAGAAAAUUUGGUUUGAAAACGUGUAAACAUGUAUGACCUAGUAAUCGAACUGUAUGGACAAGUUUGUAUGUUUUUGGUGGGUUUUUUUCACAAGCACCGUCAGCUGCACCUACUUGAAGAUGAUUCUUUACGAAAUUGUGCGGAUUUGAUGGAGGAUUUAAUUAUGAUUAUCUGCAAUAGGGACACUUCGUAUGAUUGUUAUAAAGACUGAAAAAUAUUUGUUGACUCAUUGUUUACAAAAUAUUUGAAAUUGAUCAUAGAUGUGGAUAAUUUUAGUUAUUUCAGCUGGACCUACAUGAAAAUAUAUUUUACGCAUUUGUGUGGACUUGACUGAAGAUUUUUAUAAUUUUCUGUAAUAUGACACUUUGUUUGAUGAUUAUAUAUACAGAGAAAAAUAAUAACUCAUUUGUUAACAAAAACAUAUUUGAACAUAACAUAGAGGGAUUCGAACAAUAGAUAUAUUAUGGGUAUGUUUUAAUUGCAUACUUACAUCUGGGCUUACAAAAGCUUUGACCAAAUAGUAAAGUUGAUAUUUUGUUGCAUACAGUAUGUUUUACAAUUACUCUAACCAGAAUUGUCUUUAGAAAGUGCAAUUACGCCCAAAUACACAGUAACGACUGAUAACGUCAUAGUACUUAUUAUUUAGGAACGUAUGGCAGUACUAGUUAAUACGAAUAAUUGUUGGACGAAUUUGAUGACGAUAAUUUCCACGGUUCUGUACGUUUUGAAGCAGUAGGAAUGAAGUUUUAGAUGCUUUAGCUUUCCUUAACAGUGAAAACUAUGCUUCGAUUUCUUUAUAUCUGAAACAUUUUAUGAUUUUAACUUGUCAAAGGGUUUCAAGGUCCAAGUUUAUUUGUAUCAAGAUCAAGCACCGGCACCUAUGCUUUUGAUACAUAUUUCCGUUUUAGACUUGAUUCUCAGUCAGUACACAAAAUGUAAAGAAAUUCUGUCUGUAGGAAAAAUUUUGCCUAUAUGCAUAUAGGAAAAUGUCAGAUGUGUCUUUAACUUAAUACAUGAAUUCCAUAGAAAUAAAGUUGUAGUAUAUUAUCUAAAAUACUUUAUAUAUGUUGAUGAUAUCUUGUUUUCUUUAUAAAUUCAGGUUCAUGGUUUGGUUGUGGAAUCAAUGAUGUGAAUAUCAGUUGUUGUUUUUUUCUGUUGAUUUUGUAUUAUUUAUUUUUUGCGGAGGGGUGGGGACUUCGAGACCACUACAUUCAAAUUACUAUACGACUUUGGUAAACGUUCACUAGACAUUUUCGUUUUAACAAAUGUUUUUAAAUUCCAGAAGAAUAACAGCUAAAUCAAAUAAUAGUCAUUUGCUUAAAGUCGGCACGUAUUUUCUCUAAAUUUAAGUUUUUCAGACCAACACAAUAGUGUGAACAGUUUUGAUAGAGAAUAGUUUUAAAUAGUACUAAUGUUUGUUUUAACAAGCGUUGUGAUCAUCGCUGUUCUUGGUUUCGGCUACAUUCUCAUCGUGUGUCAUUAGACGUAAUACUGGUUGGUUGUCUACAGACUCAAAUAUGAUGCAUUUAUAACGUCAAUGUUCUACAUCCGAAACUGAUACGCUCUCGACCUACAGCAGAGGCAUGACAAAAAUCAUGAUAAUGAUCGUCUACACAUAAUAAACCGGGACUGCAUGACGGACAAUAAAGGCCAUUUUCAGUUCCAGUUUUAGAUUUAUUGGCAUAUCGGCAUAUACAAUAUACCUAUUAUGAAGGCCAGUUUUUGUUCUUAUGCGCUUAUGCGGUAACUGAAGUUUCUACCUGGGUCAUAUUUCCUUCUAAAAUUUCUACAAAGAAAAUAAUAAAACGGUUAUUAUGAAGUAUUUAAGAAAGUGGAUAAAUGUGUCUUACAUUUAAUGAAUGGCUGUCUUUUCAUUCCUUCUAAUCAAUGUUUGUUGACGAUCAAAUUGAUACACUCAUCUUCGGCCGCCACAUCUGUUUCAAAACGUGCAAACCUGAGACGUUUAUCACCAUCAAACCAAAUUCUUACUCGUCAUCUAAUAAUUCCUCGUGUUACCUAGGACUGCCCUGUGAGUUGAGUUGAUAGGGAUAAAACAGGUUAUUAAAGUAAAAUAUGGUUAUUGCUAUAUAAGUUUGAUAUGGAAUGCUGUUUUUGGCUCGAGUGAAUUAUGCCAAGUUAGUGUAAUAGGAGGCGCGCAAGCGCUGAGUGAUACGGCCUGGAACAGUCCGUGACAGCCGAAUACAAAAUCCCAGAUCUAGGUACUGUUAUGAUGACCCUUUCAUUUAUUACAACCAUUGUUUUGUCUGUGGUUUGUUAUCGAAAGAAAUCUUCAAUGUUUUGACAGUAUAUCGAUGUUAAAAUAGAAUUGCGUCUAUAUUUUGUGUGCUCUAUUUAUAGAACUGUGUCAAUUCAUGUAUAUUAAAUGGAAGUAGUGCAGCAAAAUGCAAUACAAAAGAUGCAAUUCUAAUUGUUCCUUUCUGUACGUAUUUACUUGUACAAUACUAAACUUUUUUGUCCACAUGAUUUGUGUAGGUGUAUAUUAAACACAUUUGGCAUAUUGAAAUUAAUGAGCACAUCUAUUAUUCCAGCACUAAUCUACCUGUAAAUAGAAUGUAAACAUUUUUUUGAUAAGAACUUGUAUCACUCCUGUCAAUAAACUUUGAGCCUGCUAAAUUUCUAAAAUUGACUGUUCCAUUAUUCAAUUUGCGCAGUACCAUUUAUUUUUCGAAUGGUUGUUUACUAAAUAUUUACUGACUGAAUAGCGAACAGUACAGACCAUGAUCAGCCGGCACGGACGUUAUGGCUGAUCUUCAUCUACGCUGGUCGCAAAGGCAGAAUCAAUUGCCGCCAGCAGGAUAAAGUUUGAAUAAUAAUAACAAUAGUAAACAUCCACUUUGUCAUGCCCCUUUGAUAUUUCUGCUCUAGUGGUCCGAGCGGUUGCAUUUAUUGUUCUUCUAAAAAUCAAAUGUUAAUAACUAUGCAGCUUGGUUUUACGCUAUUAUUAGUAGUUGUUUUGUAGAAAUAUAUUGACAUUUGUGCGCAGUUAAUUUCAUACCAAUCACAUUUUCUCUCUUUUGAUAUAAAGGCAAUAAAGGCUAUGACGUUAAUAACCUGUAUUCUGUCCAUCUUUGUUUAAUUGAAUUUUGAUAUUCGUUGAAAAUAUUGAUUAUGUAUUAGAUUUUGUAUGUGACAGAAUUUUUAUACAAGUACUGUUUAAAGCAUUGAAUUCAUUGAAAGAACUGAAGUAAAUUUGAUUGAUAGUGCAUAAUAUAUAUGUUAGAAUAUUUUCAACAGUGUUGUUAUGUAAUGAAUUCAUUGAAUGAACUGAAGUAAAUUUGAUUGGUUGUGUACAUGCAUGUGAAUAUUUAUACCAGAUUUCCUUGAAAAUAAUGAAGUAAAUUUAAUUGAUUGUUAGUAUGUAUGUGAUAGAAUAUUUAUAUAAUUGUUUCUUUAAGUACUGAAUUCCUUGAACAAAAUGAAUUACAUUUAGUUGAUUGUGAAUAUGUAUAUGAUAGAAUAUCUAUACAAUUGUUGCUUUAAGUACUAUUUUCCAUGAAAACUGAAGAAAAGUAACAGAACAUGGUAUAAAAAAAGAACAUGCAUGUGAUAGAAUACUUAUAUAUGUGUUGUUUUAAGGACUGAAUUCCUUGAAAAAGAUAAUAAAGUAAAUUUUAUUGUAUGCUAUAGAAUAUUAAACAAGUUUUGUUUAAAGUUACUGUACUGAAUUCAUUGAGAAAAUGAAGUAAAUUUAAUUAGUUUUGAAAAUGUAUGCUAUAAAAUAUUUAUACAAAACUUAGUGUUGUUUUAAGUACUGAAUUCCUUGGAAAGAAAAUUAAGUAAAUUUAAUUGAUUGUGAAUAUCAAUGUGAUAGAGUAUUUAUACAGUUGUUGGUUUUAAUACUGAAUUCCUUCAAGUAAAUGAAGUAAAAUAAAUUGAUUGAGAACAUGGUAUAUGAUAGAGUACUUAAUAUACAAGCGUUGUUUUAAGUACUGAAUUCCUUGAAAAAAAGGAAGUCAACUUUAUUGAUUGUAAAUAUGUAUGUUACAGAAUAUUUAUGCAAGUUUUGUUUUAAGUACUGAAUUCACUGAGAAUAUGAACAAAUUUUAAUUGAUUGCGAAUAUGUAUGUGAUAGAAUAUUUAUACAAUUGUUGUUUUAAUUACUGAAUUUCUUGAAAACAAUGAAGUAAAUUUAACUGAUUAAGAAUAUGUACUACAUGAUAAAGCAAUUAGACAAGUGUUUUAAGAACUGAAUUCUUAAAAUGAAUGAAGUAAAGUUUAUUGAUUGUGAACAUGUAU